AAAUAAUCAUGUCUAAUGCAUAAUAUACAAAUCGUUGGAAUUAUUUGGCAUUUCAAUAUACAAUGAGCGAAUCUGAGGCGACGGCAAGAGUGGUUCUAAUCCCGAUUGAUGGCAGUGAACAUGCAGAACGAGCAUUUCUAUGGUAUUCAGAGAAUAUGAAUCGUCCAACGGAUAUUGUAAAAUUUGUCAAUAUUGUUGAACCGAUCUACACAACACCUGCUAUUGGCUUAGCAAUGGAAUCACCAGCUUUAACUGAUAUCACUAAAAUGAUGCAGGACAGUAUUGAUAAAGGAAAGUUAUUAGGCAAGAAGUAUAUAACUGAAGCGAAACAUCUUGGUAUUAAUUGUCAAGCCUUUCUUCAUGUUGACACUCGACCAGGUCAAGCAUUGUUGAAAUCAAUUGAAGAUCAUAAUGCGAAGGUCAUUAUCAUGGGAAUAGAGGUCUUGGUGCAGUUCGACGUACUUUUCUUGGCAGUGUCUCAGAAUAUGUCCUACAUCAUGCUCAUAUUCCAGUGGUGAUUGUCCCACCUAAAGAGAAACACUGAUGAUAACAAAUAUGGAACUUCUAUUUAUUUGUCACUCUUCCCAUCUUCUUGUUCUUCUACACACUAAUGGUAUGAGAGAUUAAGUUAAUUUGUGUAAAAAUAUGAUACUGUAAUAUAUAUAUA